AUGUUUGCUCCCCCUGUCACCAUGUCCUAUGCGCCUGAGCACAUGGCUGCUGCGCCGGUUGACGAGUAUGGCCGACCCAUCUUGACGGCGGGCCCCUUAGACAAUUAUGGGCGAGGCACGAAUAACUAUGGCCCCUCCACCCCUCACAGCUUUCACGAUUCGCAGUCCUCCAAGCAUGUUGAUGAGAAUGGGUAUGGCGCGCCGCCUUUCGUGAAUGGUCUCAAUGGUCAUGACCACAGGCGCUACAGUGGCCCUACGACCAAUAUCAGUGCGAGAUAUCCUCCGGUGUCUGGCCCGCCUCCCAUGCUCGACAUGGAUAAUCGUGAAGAGGUGUACAGAAUUGUGCAAGUCGGAUUCUCCAAUCCAGAGUUUGCCGAUUGUGAGGUGCACCUCCACUUAUCCGAUGGAGCUUCAUCCGAGAAUCUCCAGCCUCCAGUCGCGCGCCGUCCACUCCAUGUCCCUGCGCAUCGCCUUAUUCUUGCCCGGAGUCCUGUUUUGAGAACACAGCUGCUGACGCACGGAACCCCUGACGGCAAGCUCCAUAUUCUGUCGGAUGACCCCUACAUGCGCUCAGAUGCCUUUUGGUUCGCUCUUCAGAGCCUUUACGGCAAUCCUCUCCACGAAAUUCAGCCAGAUCCCGUGGAAGGCAGCAACAAUCUGGAGAAGUUUGACAUGACUUUGGCAUAUGCGGCAUCUGGCUCCUUGCUUCAGGUUGCCCCAAUCACGGUUCAGGGUAUUCGGGAUGCAAGCCGUCUGAUCAACUGGGGCACUUUGGAGAAAGGCCUCGCCUUCGCUUUGACCGGGGCCACCAUACUUUACCCUCACGGACAUGAAGACCCCUCUGCGCAGUUCCUCAUUCCUCAAUACAAGCAUGGAGUGUAUGUGCACGAUUUCGUUGCCGCCAUCAUGGCUUUCAUCAUCGACAAUUUCCCCCCAGACUUCACGCUUGAUACCUCCGUCCUGGACCCGAAGUACACACGAACUCCUUCGAUGCCGGCUCUACCCCCGAGCGCGAACCGCGCUGAACCUACGAUUGCACACGGCACUUCUGGAUUCAACCCAGCCAGUCAUGUGCGUGGGAUACCCGGCCCCUCCCAGAUGCCACAGAACCCGAGACUGUCUAAUCCUCGCCUCUCCAAUAUCCAAUUCGGCGACCUCUCCCCGCUUAAGAGCAACGGGCAAGGCUCACCUUCACAGCAGUCGCCGACAUCACCAUCAGAUAUGGUCACUUCCAUGCUAUCUCGCAUUCUGCUGAAUCUGCCCUUUGAUCUGCUCAAGUACGUGUUGGAGAGCCAGGGCCUUGGAAAUGUCUCCGGCUGGAUGACGACACAAGAUCGGCAUAGGGUUGUGUCCGACGUUGUUGCGGAGCGCGAGGUCCGUCGUCUCCGAGCCCUGGACGCGGUGAUGGGCGGGCGUGUACCGAAUGCACAGGCCGUUCGAGCUCGUUUGCAGGGGCAAGAUUCGCAGGGCGUAGGCGACACCUGGGAUGUUUUGGGCUGGAAGGAGGAACUCUCUCCUGCCAGUACGGACAGCCCUUACAUGGUACGCAGCUGGAACCCGCUGCAUGGUUAG